GGUGUGUAGGAUAUCACGAGGUUGUUUAUUUAUUUAUUGUUGAAUUUAUCUUGGUUUAAAAUUUUAGAGAGAGAAAAAGAGAGAGUGUGUGUGUUGAAAAUCGUGGACUGCAGAGAAAAGGAGUUUGAAAUUGAGUUCGUAAAGGUAAAUGGGAGAUGAGCAAUCGAGGGCGAUGGGUUUACUGGGCAGCACCAGCAGAGAAAGAGAUAGGGAGCUUCUCAUUCCAGUGUCUGAAACCGUCGACGGAGAUGAUCAUGACGCCGCGUGUUCACAGCAUCCUCAGUCCGGCCGAUAUACUUUCUACAAAGUUGCCAGGAGCUGGGCUUCAAAAAAAUUCAUGACUGGAUGUGUAAUCCUAUUUCCUAUAGCAGUCACUUUCUAUUUGACAUGGUGGUUUAUUCAUUUUGUGGAUGGAUUUUUCUCUCCGAUCUAUGCUCACCUUGGGAUCAAUGUAUUUGGUCUGGGAUUUGUGACUUCAAUCUCCUUUAUCUUCUUGGUUGGAGUAUUUACGUCUUCAUGGUUGGGGGCAUCAGUUUUGAGUCUUGGGGAGUGGCUCAUCAAAAGAAUGCCAUUUGUUCGUCAUAUCUAUAAUGCCUCUAAACAAAUUAGUUCUGCUAUAUCUCCCGAUCAGAGCACACAGGCUUUCAAGGAAGUGGCCAUCAUAAGGCAUCCACGUAUUGGCGAAUAUGCUCUUGGGUUCAUCACCUCAUCUGUUGUCCUUCAGAAUUAUGCAGGAGAUGAAGAGCUAUACUGUGUGUAUGUUCCUACAAACCAUCUCUAUAUUGGCGAUGUUUUCCUAAUCAAUGCAAACGAUGUUAUCAGACCGAAUUUGUCUGUUCGUGAAGGAAUCGAGAUCGUCGUAUCUGGUGGCAUGUCAAUGCCGCAAAUUCUAUCAACUCUGGACUCGAGAACUAUUGAAGUCGAUAGGACUAGAUCUAUCAGAAGUUGAGACCAAAGGCGAUGGCUUUUGCAUAUGGUCCACAAAUUGGCGAACUUUUUUCAUGUUGCAGACUCGGCAUCAUCUCUAAUACCUUAUAAAUAUCGAACAUGUCUGAUUCGGAUGAUUUAUGUAACAAAUGCCAGUGUACAAUUAGGGAAGUAGUGGCUGUAUGGAAAAGUAGUUGAUUAGUAGUUCUAUACUAUACAUUUUUUUUUUUUUUUUUUGAGUGCUA